AUGGAUGCGCUUAACUCCGAUCCGUCCCUGGCACCGCUCCUACGAUCGGCCUCAUCCUCGACUUUAGCCUCAUCAACCUCGCAAACCUCCAUCAGCGAUGACGCAUCCAUUGCGAAGAUCAGACGCAAGACGCGUGCUGUGCGCGCUCUUGCCUUCGUAGUAUCCAUCAUUGCCGCUCUCUGCGCCGGAUCCAUCACCGUCUUCUCCCUUUACGGCCACCUAUUCCAAUCUCGAUUACACUAUACACAGUUCCAAAUCAAUGGAAUUGCAAGUGCCAUGAGCAUAUCUAUGUACAUCCCGGUCCCGGUGAUUGGCUACAUGUGCGACCGAGUAGGACCUGGUCCUCUCUCUUUGUUGUCUUCGGUCCUGCUCGGAGGGGGUUACGGAUUAGCCUCUGGCUUAUAUCGUAAGGGGCUUGUAGAAGUUAGCGAUGGUAGUAAAGGCGGUAGGGCCACAUUCCCUCCCAUGGUGUUUGCUUUCGUGGCUAUUGGCGUCGGCACCUCGUGCAUGUAUAUCAGUGCCAUCACAACCUGCGCCAAGAACUUCGGCAAAGGAAAAUACCGAGGCCUGAUGCUGGUCGCUCCUAUCGCGUCAUUCGGCCUUGGUGGAAUGGUUUUCAGCCAGAUUGGUAGUCGAAUCCUCUACGAGACACAACCAGGCGGAGGCCGAGGAGACGUUAAUGUGUUCCAUUUCUUCCUGUUCCUCUGCAUCAUCCUAUCCGUCCUUGGGCUCAUUGGCACCUUCUCAUUACGGGUUGUGGAUGAAGAUGACCUCAUAGACGAAGCGGUAGAGGAGCUUGAGAGGAGUGGGCUCCUCGAGGGAAGCGCGGUUUUCCGCCGCCGAGCCGAUCGUGACUAUGGUACUACCGAUGCGAUCGACGACGAUGCUGGCGUCAUGGACCCGGCUAGGGAUGACGAUGAGGAUGAUGACAAUGCCAGGUUGAAAAAGGCCUGGCUCCUCAACGCCGAGACUCGAAGGUUUCUUACAGAUCACACAAUGUGGUGGUUUGCGCUUGGUUUCUGGUUGAUCAUCGGACCGGGCGAGUCUUUCAUUAACAAUCUCGGUACUGUUAUUGGGACGUUAUAUUCUCCGAAUACGAAAUCGAACGAAACCACGGCGGCAACACAUGUUUCGAUCAUGGCUGCGGUGAGCACCGUUGCUCGUCUACUCGCAGCGUCGUUAAGUGACUUACUCUCGCCUAACCCGCAUACACAACACGUCCAAACAGGAUUUCCGACUACGCUUCCGGAGCUGAGGCAAAAAUUAUCAGUCUCGCGUGUUGUUCUAUUUGUUGCUGCUGCCAUUAUCCUCUCCAUUGGCACACUUGUGCUGGCAUCUGGCGUAGUCCAGGAGCACGGAGAGCGAUUCUGGAUCGUCUCCAGCUCGAUUGGAGCUGGGUACGGAGCCGUAUUCAGCUUAACACCUAUAAUUAUUACUAUGAUUUGGGGAGUAGAGAAUUUUGGCACUAAUUUUGGCAUCGUUGCUCUCACACCAGCCCUAGGAUCCACGAUGUGGGGACUCAUUUACUCAGCAGUCUACCAAGCGGGUGCUAGAGAUUCACCUUCGUUAACAUCAGGAAGUGAUGAGGACGAUGUAUUCUGCUUCGGCAAGCAGUGCUACGCGUCCACAUUCUGGGCCAUGACAAUUUGUAUAUGGGUUGGAACAGUCAUGAUCCUCUGGGCCUGGAAAGGCCGAGAUGGCUGGGCUAAGAGAGGUAUUGUGAUCUAG